AUGAAAGUUAUUCCAGCAAAACGAUCUGAAAGUUGGGUUUGGUCAUUUGUUUCAAAAAGAACUCAGAAAUGUGAAGUAUUGAUUAAAAAUGAUAAUAGAACGUUUAAUCAUUUAUUAGAUUGGCUUAUCGAUGAUAUGCAGGCCUUUCACUUGGUUGAUAAUUUAAAGUUUCAUAAAUUUGUUUAUAAACUUAAUUCAAAUUACCAGUUGUCAGCAGAUCAAAUUGAAAAUACAAAACGUAAUUUAAAACAACAAAUUGAAUUAUUAGAAUUUUCUUCUUAUCAACAAACUAAUUCUUUAACCACUACUACCCCUAUUAUUUCUACCUCUGCUAU